AUGGAAAAAAUUCCAGUGAAUGGGAACCUUAACCCUGACUUUUUUUUAGAUGAAAGAUCAGUUAUUUCAUUCUUCCUGAAGGAGGAGCUUCACAACUUUGACAGAAAAAAGUUAUUAAAUUUCAAAACAGUUCUUUAUAAAUCCUUGAAGCUUGUACCAUCUGAGGUUUCUUGGAUUGGAAAAACUUGGGGUACAGAGAAUAAGAUUAUUUUUCAACUGCCUUGUGAGGUUGUGCCCUUAUUAAGGCACUGCACAGCGUGGAAGAAGGACUGGCUGUUCUCUUUGGGUGUGAAGGGUAUUCAAGUCAAUAAGGAAGAUAUUAUACCUGUGGUUGAUAUAAGGGUAUCUCAACUGAGAUUGCAAGAGGAUCCAGUUCUUGUUUCUCCCUUCUUACGAACCAACGAUGCCUCUAGAGUAGGCGACGUCUCCGAGUUGCGUCGAGUAUUGAGCUCAGUGCCACAUAGCAAAAGAGCAUCUUUACUGAAUUCAAGGAUCGAUGGAGCAACUCCUCUUAUCACAGCCUCCAAAAAUGGGAAUCUAGCUGUGGUUCAGUGCUUAGUAGACGAGUAUGGUGUGGAUUUAGAGCAGGAGGGGACAGUCAAAGUGGAAGAGGAUCUUAUCGAAUGCUGUACAGCUCUUUGGAUGGCCUGUUUAGGUGGUCAUAUUGGUGUAGUAAGGUUUCUUAUUGAGAGAGGUGCGGAGGUGAAUCAUUCUACUUUAACAUCAUCCACGCCUCUUAGAGCUGCCUCUUUUAACGGGCAUACCGAGGUUGUGAGAUACCUCUUGGCUAACGGUGCUGAUGUCAAUCAAAAGAACCAGGAUGGGAAUACCUGCGUAAUGGUGGCUUGUUGGAAUGCUCAUUUAGGAACAUUUGCCUUGCUGAGGAACUCUGGCGCUGAUUUAAACGUGAAGGAUAACCAAGGUUUUGGCUUAGUGCAUUGCGCAACAGCUGCUAACAACCUAAGCCUCCUUCAUGAAUUGUUGUCACACGAAGCAGAUGUUAAUGCCAAGACAGCUGACGGUAUAACACCGCUCAUGCUUGCCUGCGAGAAAAACCACUCUGAUGUAUCCUUGCUGCUGUUACAGCGCAAUGCCAAAGUGAACGAGCGGUCAUCGAAAGGACUGACAGCCGUUCACUUCUGUGCUUUGUCAAACAGUCAGACAAGUCUUCAGCACUUGAUGGACUAUAAUGCCGACCUCUGCUUGCCCACGCAGCGAGGUAGCACAUCUCUGAUGCUCGCUUGCGCCAAAGGCUAUCCUUCUAUUGUCACAGCUCUACUUAGGAACAUAGCUAAGCAGCGCCUGAAGAAUGAAUUUGGCAAGGCUUCGGGACCUUCAGGAUCACAGAAACUUCCCCAUAACUACGAAAUAAACCAAGGUAAUGAGAAUCGAGAGACGUGCCUCAUGUUGGCGUGUGAGAGAGGCAGUGCUGAGAUAGUAAGAAUCUUACUUGACGAAGGAGCAGAUCCAGCACUGGCAGACAUCAAGGGAGUCACGCCUCUCAUAAUAACAUGCAAGAGAGGGCAUGAAAAAAUAGUACCUUUACUUCUGAAGAAAGGAUCCAAAGUCAACGUGCAGGACGAGGAUGGUAACACACCGCUACACAUGUGUAUCAAGUUCUACCGCGAAUUUUCUGGCCAUCGCAAAUGCGUAGAGCUUCUCUUAGACGCCGGGUCUAAUCUCGAUAUUAAAAACAAAGAAGGCUUGUCUCCUGUUAUGUUGGCUUUGAAAACCAAGGUCUGGUUUGGACAUGCAGUCGAGGCUUUCUAUGAACGCGGUGGCGACUUGGUAACCAGUUUCACGGGUGAAAACGGCGACUCUGCGUUUCACAAAUGCGCUCGUUCUGGAGACCUGUUAUCAAUGACGUUUCUUAUGGGAACAAAUCCCAGAGGACCGCUUUUGACUAAUAAUGAUGGAGAUACAGCACUUUGGGCAGCGGCAUUAGAAGGGAAUGACGCCAUGGCCCGAACAUUGAUUAACACCCUUCCUGGACUCUCGACGCAGGAGAAGGUAGAAGCCUUUGAGCUCUUGGGUGUCGGUUUCCUGGCGAAAGACAUCGCGAGAGACUGGGACACCAAUUCAGUCAUUGGUUUUUGGCAGGAAGCUAUGACACUUCGUAAAAACAACGGGCUUCAAGUUCCUUAUAUACAGCCCUGCGCUUUUCCCCUCGAGUACUUCAUCGAAGCACGAAACGCUUCGGAACUCGAAGACUACAAGACUAAUGCCAGCGUCCUGACGGCCCAGGCUUUGCAGAUUUGUAUCCGUCUGUUGCCAAGGCAUAAUUCUCGUCUCCCUGCCUUGCUAGGCACUGUCGGCGAGAGAUUUGCGCAAAUCGGGGAAUUCUGUCGCAGUUUGAACGUAUGGCUAUACGUUCUUGACAUUCAACUUGAAAAUAUCUCCAACGGGAAUGUCGGGAUUGAAGAACUGAUGAAUACAUUCCGUUGCUUUGCCGAUGCUUUCGGGUUCGUUCUCAGUCGUAACGCAGAUAUCCUUUCGUAUGAUAUCGUUUAUAAGGUAGUUAAACGUGCUUUGACAAGUCUUACCACUUUCUCCGCUGUUUUUGAAGUACGCGACACCCUCAUGCCAUACUUGAUCCACUAUUUCUCGUCGUUGCUCCAAAUUUCCAACAACCAAAGGGAAUCCUCUGCCACCAUUGAUAUUGUUCGGGCCUUUGUUCGUCUAGGUCUUCGUACAAAAGAAAGUAAUUCAACUCUUCUGCACAUUGCUGUUGCGUCUAAAACCGGCGACAUCAGCUCAUUAAAAGAACAUCUUCACUUCCCGAACGUUGCAGUUUGCGAGCUUCUUGUCGAAUGUGGUAUCGACAUAGACGCCCUAGAUACCAACCGCAACACGGCAUUGCAUAUCUUACUAACCAAAGGCCACGCUGAGUUGAACGUUCUCCAGUACUUACUCAAUGCUGGAUCCCACAUCGAUGCGAGAAAUAACAAAGGCAAGACGGCCAUUGAGCUUUCUCGGUGUCUUAAGAUCCACCAGGAAAUAAGAUCUAUCGGGAUUGUAUCGAUGCUUCAGUGCAUUGCCGCCCAGUGCAUCGUUAAACACCGAAUCACUUAUCAAGGUUUCGUCCCGAAACGUUUGGAACCAUUCAUCGAACUACACUGAUAUAGGCCCUUUGCAGUACUUUGGAAUGCAGCUCAAAAUGGAGGACAAAACAAUAGGUUUCAUAUCUUAGGAGAUUGGAAUUCUUUUGUUUUGUCCCCCAGAUGGAGCUGCUUUGACGUGACAUGCAAAGGGUCUAUUGACUGAAUAGGACGUUUACAUGAUGGCGUCAUUGACCUCUUAUCCCCAGACUCCUUUGCACUAUUUCAUUUGUUCAGUCAAUUAGCACCAAUUGUCUUACUAUUCUCAUGAGGGAAUACAAAUUUGAAUAAGAAAGAAAAUUCGCGAAGCAUUAUGGUAGUGGGAGUCAAAUGACGCCAUCAUGCAAGCGUCCUACUGCAUACAUUUUUAACUAUUUCCAAGAGAUCUUACGGGCAGCAAUGUUGGUGGUAUAAACAAAGGCAGAAGUUUAUAUCUAGAUCUAGUUACUUCUGACAAAGGAGGUAAUAAAGAUCUCCAACAUGGUGUCUAUGACGUAAUACGCAAGCAAAGAACUUUAAUUCUAUUUAAAAGUUAAUCAAUUUGUAAGAAAUUGUUAAUUUUAAUUUAAUAGGAUUGAAUUUUUUCUUUAUAAUGUCAGAUUGAGUUUUACUAAAAGGAUGAUACUAUGAUAGGAAUAAAGUCUUAUUAUUUUAAUGAU